AUGCCAAAGAGACCCACAAAGAAACGUACGCGUCUGACCGACGACAUAGAUACGCGAUUGACUUCACAUAUACAACAAAUCAGGAAGGAGGACAAAGACGGAGAUAUAACAUCUUCAGCAGUAUUCGAGUACGUUCAAAAUGUGGAUUUUAGAUUUAAGCGAAUGAAAAAGCUGCAGUUGGAAAAAAGCAUUGAUCGAGUAUUAAAAACAUUAAAGAAUCAAAAGAUUGAUGACCAACACGAAGAUUCUUCGAUUGCUGGUGAUGGUGAGUCAAGAAAAACGAAGUUGGGAAGUCACGAAUCGGAGGUCGAAAAUGUCGAAUCUUCGGAUAUAGCUUCUGAAAAUGAUGAUUCAGUGGCAAUGGAAUUCGAAGGAUUGGAGCCGAAUCAAUUGAUGGAAGUUAAGGAUACGAAUUUCAUGAAUAACUCUAUAACAAAAAUAUGGUCACAGUAUCGUCCGCUGCCGACAGAAUCGUCCAAGUCAACCCCUUCAACCACAACAAACUCCACCACCAUUACAACACCAAAUACCUCUAAUGUUGAGAUGCGUGAGAAGAUCGAUCUCGCUCUCAAAACAAAAGGAGUGACGACCAAAUCCGGAUCAAGGAAAUCGAAAGAGGUCACGGAUGUUCAUAACACGACAGCAUUACCGACUGCGAGAUUAUCCGACCUUGGAGGAGUCGAUUCGUGUAUUGAAGAAGUUUUAGAAUUAAUUGCCAUGCCCUUGUCCCAUCCAGAGAUCUAUUUACACACAGGUGUCCAACCACCAAGGGGAAUUCUGCUUCAUGGUCCCCCCGGAUGUGGGAAAACACUUCUAGCAAACGCCAUCGCCGGGGAAUUGAGAAUACAAUUCAUUAGCAUCUCGGCGCCGUCAAUAGUGUCUGGAAUGUCUGGAGAGUCGGAGAAGAAGAUCAGGGAGAUUUUCGAUGAAGCAAAAGUAUGUGUCGGAUAUAUCAGAUAUUGGUUUGUUUCAGUGGAACACGUGAAUGAGAAAGCUCCUUGCCUCAUAUUUAUCGACGAGAUAGAUGCUAUCACCCCAAAGAGGGAAACUGCUCAACGCGAGAUGGAAAGAAGAAUUGUCGCUCAACUUCUGACGUGCAUGGAUGGCAUUGCAGACUUAUCCUGGGAAAAAACGGACAAUCGGCCUAUACUGAUAAUUGGGGCGACGAAUAGGCCCGACUCUCUAGAUCCGGCACUUCGUCGCGCUGGAAGGUUUGAUAGAGAAAUUAGCAUGGGAGUUCCGGACGAGCAAGCAAGAGAAAAAAUUUUAAAAGUCAUUGCCUCAAGGCUAAAACUCUCCGGCGACUUUAAUUAUAAAACUCUUGCGAAGUUAACUCCUGGCUAUGUUGGUGCCGAUUUGAACGCGCUGACAACGGCGGCUGGUGUUUUAGCUGUUAAGCGGAUAUUUACACAGUUGGGUGAAGCCAGUAGUUUUACAAAGGUUGAUGGCGAGGAUUCAUCGGGAAUGAGUGUCGAUGAGAGAUCAUCACACGCAAAUACAUUACGCGAUUCGUUCACUCCAUUUGAAAAUCAAUCACCUACCGAUCAAAUGCGUUCAAUAUCCAACUUUCUUAAAAAUCAUCCGGAACCGCUCACCAGUGAAGAGCUUGAACCCUUGAGCAUCACCAACGAGGAUUUUCUACAAGCCCUCUCGAAGGUACAACCUUCUUCCAAGCGUGAAGGAUUUGCUACCGUGCCCGAUGUCACUUGGACGGACAUCGGCGCAUUAAAAUUUGUGAGAGAUGAGUUGAGGAUGGCAAUCGUGGAACCAAUCAAACAUCCGGAGUUCUUUAGGAGGGUCGGUAUAGUCGCGCCAUCGGGGGUUUUGUUGUGGGGACCUCCCGGAUGCGGUAAAACACUCUUGGCCAAAGCAGUUGCUAAUGAAAGUCAUACAAAUUUCAUUUCGGUCAAGGGACCAGAGUUGUUGAAUAAGUAUGUGGGUGAAAGUGAACGCGGUGUUAGGCAAGUAUUCGCUAGAGCAAGGGCAUCUUCGCCAUGCAUUAUAUUUUUUGACGAACUCGAUGCAUUGUGUGCACGGCGGGACGACUCUCAGUCUGAAGCUUCUGCACGGGUCGUUAAUACACUUUUGACCGAAUUAGAUGGUUUGGAGAGCCGAAAACAAGUUUAUGUCAUGGCUGCUACUAAUAGGCCAGAUAUCAUUGACCCAGCGGUGAUGCGUCCUGGUCGAUUGGACAAACUCUUGUUUGUAGAAUUGCCUACGGCAUCGGAGCGAAUUGAAAUUUUAAAGACUUUAACCAAGCUGACACCAUUGGGUGAUGACGUGUCAUUAGAAAAUAUUGCAUUGGAUCCGAGGUGCACCGAUUUCAGCGGAGCAGAUUUGGCUUCUCUUGUUCGCGAGGCCGCGGUGGCCGCGUUACGAGCUACCCUAUAUUCCGAGAAUCAAGAACUUUCGGAGCAAGAUAUUUACGUGAAUUCUAAGCAUUUUGAAAUGGCAUUUGAUAAGGUGACAUCAAGUGUGUCUAAAGCGGAUAAACGAAAAUACGAUUUAUUAAGAGCUAGGUUUGGAUGCGCGACAGGAAAUAAAGUUGCUGGGCAUGUUGCCGAAGGGGCGUGA